AUGACUAAGAAUCGAUCACUUAAAUUAGAUCCGAUAUAUAAAGAAAAAUCUCCAGCAGAUAUCUUUAAUGAACUAAAUAUUCGUUAUCGUGUUUGUUUCAAAUUUGCCCGAAAAAGUGAAGAGGAAAAAGAUAAAAAUAUUUGUAUAUGUAAUAAGCCACUAAAAAAUCAUGAAGAUAAGAGUGAUUCUAAAACAAAAGAGGCUGUGUGGACACUGGAGCAAAAUACUAAAGAAAUAAUAGAGCCUGCUAAUGGUAUACUUCCAAAUGGUGCAUUGUUCUUACGACUUGCUUUGGAUACACCGGUAGCAAAAGUUGGAAAACUUCUUUCUGAAGUAUGGGAGAUCCCACAACCUCGAUUAAUUAUGUCAGUUAUUGGAGGUGCAAAAUAUUUUGUAUUAAGUGAUCGACUUGAAUCAAAUUUUAUUAAUGGUAUUAUUGAAGUUGCACUCAAGUCCGAUGCAUGGUUAAUAACAAAUGGAUAUAAUGUUGGUAUUGUUCAACUUGUUGGACAAGCAAUCAAUAAAGCCAAAUUAACAAAAUUAGAUCAACAUAUUACAGCUAUUGGACUUUGUAAAUGGGGAAGUAUAAAAGAUGUAGAAACACUUAUAAAGCAAGAUAAGGAAGAAACGGAGAACCCUGAUAAAAAGCAGAAUGGUAGUACAGAAAAAAAACGCCAAAGUGGUCAACGUGAUCUGGAAAUGAAUCAUAGUCAUUUUUUAAUGUUAGAUGAUGGAAGAUCUCGAUUUUAUGAUACAAAAGAUUACCGAACACGAUUAUGUGCUCACUUAGCAAAAUUACAACAUGAAAUCGAUUUCCCUAUUCCUAUUGUUACUAUUGUGGUUGAAGGUGGCAAAGAUACUAUAACAAAUAUAUAUUAUGAUUUACGUGAUAAUAUCCCUGUUGUUAUUAUUGAUGGCAGUGGCCGUGUUGCUGAUUUUUUCAAACGUUGGUUAUUAUAUACAAAAGAUUUCGAUGAAGCGAGCAAAGAUUAUGAAUUUCCAAUUGGAAUUGAUGAAAUUGUUACCGUAAUUUCAGAACCACACAGUACACCAACAGCUGAUGAUACAAAUAGCUCAAAAAAAGAUACUCGUACACUUCGUAAAGUUCAUCUUAAUUCAUCUUGCAAAACGCUUGUAGAAUUAUUUCAACCAUAUAAAGAACGACUUAGAAAAGAUCUAGAUCUUCUUAUACCACAUGCUGAUGAUUCUAGUAAAGGAAAGAAGUCUAGUCAUGCACCAGAUGAUAAUCCAAGCAGUGCAAGAUCAAUUCAAUUAGAUGCAACGCUUCGACAAGUUAUGUAUUGUCUUCAGCCUGCUGUUCGUUCUAAUGUAGCUGUAUUUGAUUUAAAUUCAGAUGAUAAUUUAUCUGAAACAAUUUUUCGUACUGUUUGUAAAUCACGUCAAAAAUAUUUUGAAAGAAAAGAGAAUGAUCAAAAUGAUCUGAGCGAAAAGUAUGAACGAAACUCUAAACCACCACCAACUGCUGAUGCUAAACGUCAUCAUGCAGAUUCACGACAAAAUGUUAAUAAAAGAGAUCAAAAUGCACAACGAUCACAAUUAUUACAAUUAGCAAUGGAUUGGGAUUGCAUUAAUGUUGCAAAAGAAUUAAUUCUUCAAAAUUCAUUAGAUAAUAUUCUAAACAAGGAAGACGCUUUUGUGAAUGCUUUAACAAAAGAUUUACCAGAAUUUGUUUAUGAAUUUCUUAAACUGGGUAUUGAUCCAAGUAAAAUAUUCUUUAAAAAUGAUGCAUUCUUUGGCUCAAAAACUCGAUAUGACAAAUUUUUUGAAUGUUUGUACAGCAAUGAUGCUGUGAAUAGUGAUAAAACUCAAUUAAGUGCAUUUAUCGAAUCGGACGAUGUUGUUGGAAAACAUAUUCGUACAACUGAUAAGCUGAAUGAUGUUCUUGCUACACUGAUUGGUGAUUAUAUGCAUAAAUUAUACUUUGGUUCCAAUAAAGAGGAGAUUGAAUAUCGAUCAUCAUGGGGUUUAUUAGAACAAAAUAUAGAACAAACUCAAAUAAAUGCUCAAAAUCCUGAUCAACACGAUAAACAAAAUAAAGAUAUAGAUUAUAUAAAGCGAGAUUUAUUUAUAUGGGCAAUACUUAUGAAUCAUACUGAAAUGGCUCAAGUCUUGUUAAGUCACAUGAAAUAUCGAAUAUGUGCUGCAUUGAUUGCAACAAAAAUAUUAAAACAAUAUUUUCAAAAAGCUCCAUAUGGUGAUUUAAAAGAUAGUUAUGAGAAAAAUGCACAAUAUUUUGAAGAAUAUGCUAUUGCAUGUAUCAAACAAUGUGAAAAAAAUAAUACAGAUCAAGCAUGUGAAAUUGUUUUACAACGAAUAGAACUAUAUGGAAAUGUUACUUGCCUUCAAGUUGCUGCUGAUGCAAAAGAUAAACUAUUUAUUGCAACACCAUGUUGUGUUCAAGCUAUGAAUAAUAUAUGGUAUAAUAAUAUUUAUUUUAAACAAUCAAAUAAACGAAAUAAAAUAGCUAUGGUUGUUGGACUCUUUUCACUUGGUCUUCUGGCACCAUUUUGUGUCACUUAUCGAGAUCCUCCAACGAUAGUAAACAACGAAGAUCCUGAACGAUCUUUACAACCUUAUGGCAUACAUUAUUCAGAUCCAUAUCCCAUUGCAUUUCCUCGAUAUACUAAAUAUCUUCCAAUAAAUGAUUAUAUGCAUCGUAUAAAACAUUUUCAUCAAGCUUUACUCAUGAAAUAUUGCUAUCACUGUUUAAAUUACUGUUUUUUUCUACUACUUUUCUCUUACGUACUUUUAUUUAACUUUCAACCACCAACUUCUUCAAUACCAUCUAUUCAUUGGACUGAAAUUCUAACAAUUAUACUUGUUUCCAUUAUGUUAAUCGAAGAAAUUCACUAUUUUUUUAGUCUGGACAGUAUAACAUUAUCUGGGAAGUUUAAAAGUUAUUUUAGGGAUUUAUUUAAAAUUAUGACUCUGAUUGGAUUUAUACUUUUUUAUAUUGGAUUAAUUCUACGAUUUACUCAUGCAGAUGAUGAGAAUGAAUUUGUCGCAGCUAGGGUAGUAUGGGCGAUUGAUGUUGAACUUUGGUGGCUUCGUUCUUUAGCAUUUAUUAUUGUUAUACCAUCUCUUGGACCUCAUUUGGUGGCUAUCGGAAAGAUGCUCAAAGAUCUUUUAUUCUUUAUGUGUAUAAUUGCUAUUGUUAUGACUGGUUAUGGUGUUGCUUCUCGUUCAAUGGUUUAUUAUUCAAAUCCAACUUUAUUCAGUGAUACUACUACAUAUACAUCGUUUGAUGGUAGAAGUAUUUUUCGUCAAAUUAUAUAUCCAGUAUAUUAUUUAAUGUAUGGACAAAUGGGCAAUGAACUCACUGAUCUUGACACCUAUCCUGAUGCUGCAUGGUCAAUUGCGACGCAAGUAUUACUUGCUAUUCAUAUGAUUUUUGUGAACAUAUUACUUACUAAUCUUCUAAUUGCCAUGUUUAGUAAACGCUUUGAUCAAGUUUAUGAUGACACAAAAAAUAUUUGGCAUUCUCAACAAUAUUUAUUUACACGAGAAUAUUAUACACGUUCACCAUUUUUACCACCUAUAAGUCUUAUUUAUGAUAUUUAUCAUUUAUGUCGUAUAGCAUUUUAUUAUAUAAGACGACGAUUUUUUGAAAAAUCAGCAGAUGGUAAAGCAACAGUAUUUAAAAUGAUUCCAGUCAAUAAAAAUCGUAUGAAAGAAUGGUAUGAAUUUGAAGGUGCAUCAACAUAUGAAUAUGCACAUGUAGUAGCAAAAUCAUUAAAACCAACAUCGACAGUAGCAACAAGUAGAUCAGAUUCUGCUAGUAACAAAAAUAGAGAUGAUACAAAUGAUAAUGAAAAUGAUUCAAAUAAUUCAAAUAAUGAUAUUCGACUUGUACCCGAUGAUUUAGCAAAAUUAAAUCAAUCAAUUGAUGAAUUGAAAACAGAACUGGAAACAAAAGUAAAUCAAUCAACUGAUGAAUUAAAAGCACGAAUACAAAAACUAAUUGAUGUAAUAUGUCCUGAAAGAAAAGACUCUAAGUGA